GCGCAAUGGUACUCGCGGACUGAUACUAACAGCGUUCACCUUCUAGUUGCCUCGUUUCCACGAUCCUCAGUACCUCCUGCACAAACAGUGUCUCCUGACAAUAUGGCUGCUGUUCCCAACGGCGCACUAGCCUCGCCCUCCCCCAGCGUCCCGAAUGGGAAACCUGCGUCUCCUUACCUCAAAGAAGCCACGCCAGUUGGUUCCAGUCCGAGUUCAAGCCCAAAUCCGGCACAGACUGUCAGCUCAAAAGACCCAAAAGCCGCUGCCGCUGCUGCAAAUGACAUGCGAAAUGUGGUCAGAAGAAAAUUGACGGGUUAUGUUGGGUUUGCCAACCUACCAAAUCAGUGGCACCGAAAGAGUGUUCGGAAAGGAUUCAACUUCAACGUGAUGAUUGUGGGCGAGUCUGGUUUGGGCAAGUCCACUCUUGUCAACACACUGUUCAACACUUCGCUCUAUCCACCCCGUGAGCGCAAAGGUCCCAGUUUGGACAUCAUCCCAAAAACCGUCUCCAUUCAAUCAAUCAGCGCCGAUAUUGAGGAGAAUGGCGUGCGCCUGCGUUUGACCGUGGUUGACACUCCCGGUUUCGGAGACUUCGUCAACAAUGACGACUCGUGGCGCCCAAUCGUGGAAAACAUCGAACAACGAUACGAUGCGUACUUGGAAGCGGAGAACAAGGUCAACCGCAUGAACAUUGUCGAUAAUAGAAUCCAUGCCUGUGUCUAUUUCAUUCAACCCACUGGCCACUCUCUGAAGCCAUUGGACAUUGAAGUCAUGCGCCGGCUUCAUACCAAGGUCAACCUGAUCCCAGUCAUUGCCAAAGCCGACACCCUUACGGAUGAAGAGGUGGCUGCAUUCAAGGAUAGAAUCCUUGCCGACAUUCAGCACCAUUCGAUCCAGAUCUUCGAAGGGCCUCAUUACGAGCUAGACGACGAAGAAACUAUCGCCGAGAACCAAGAGAUCAUGUCUAAAGUCCCAUUCGCAGUCGUCGGCGCUAACUACGAAGUCACCAAUGCUGAGGGUCGCAAAGUCCGUGGACGUCGCUAUCCAUGGGGUAUCAUUGAAGUCGACAACGAGGAUCAUUGUGACUUUGUCAAGUUACGCCAGAUGCUGAUCCGCACACACAUGGAAGAACUCAAAGAGCAUACCAACAAUACUCUUUACGAGAACUACCGCUCCGACAAGCUCAUUCAAAUGGGCGUUUCACAGGACCCCAGCGUUUUCAAGGAGGUGAACCCCGCCGUCAAGCAAGAGGAAGAGCGCACACUCCAUGAGCAGAAGCUCGCCAAGAUGGAGGCCGAGAUGAAGAUGGUGUUCCAGCAAAAGGUGCAAGAAAAGGAGAGCAAAUUGCAGCAGAGUGAGGAGGAGCUUUUUGCCCGUCAUCGCGAGAUGAAAGAACAACUCGAACGCCAGCGAGCAGAACUCGAGGAGAAGAAGCUCCGCAUUGAGCAAGGUCGACCCAUCGAGAAAGAGGGCAAGCGGAAGGGCUUCUCGCUUCGAUGA